AUGGGCGUCGCCAGCGUGGCUGUAAUGGACUCCGGUACCUUCUCGGUUCCGAGCCGAGCUGCGCUGAACGCACCGCGCCGUCGACGGCAGGCUCGGGGCUGGCUCGCGCCCGAGACGUUUGUGUUUGACAACCUCCCUCCGCACCAGAAGGACAACCAAUACAUCCGUCGCUACUACCGGGCCAAUUAUUCCUGGAAGCGGAGUCUGCUGAGCCUCUUCUCCCUGCACAACGAGACGGGAAACAUAUGGACACACCUCAUCGGCGUGGUCAUCUUCGUCUGCCUGAUCUGCGCCACGGUCAGGGUCGCCCCCGAGCCCCUGGCCCUGGGCAGCAGCGCCCUGUCCAAGCUCGAGCAGCGGCUGUACGCAUAUGGCAAGACCAACCUGUACGAGCUGCUGGAGACGGUGGAGUCGUGGGAGGCCAAGGUGCUCAAGGUCGGCUCCUCCGGUCUGGGGUCCAUCGAGGAGCGGUUGGGCUCCUUUGGCCUGCACAACCUGCACGACCUGGUGGAGUUCCAGGAGACACUGCGCCGGUAUGGAAAGCGCGGGGUCAAGGAGCUGUCUGGCUUUGGGCGCCUCAUCCGGCGCUUCUCCCGCAGCGGCAUGGAGGAGCUGGCCAGCAUGGAGCAGCGCCUGGUGGGCCUGGGCCCGCGCGCCCUGGCCGACGCCGACGAGGCGGUCCAGCGCGCCCUGGCGGCGGUGCUGGACACGCAGUGGCCCGCACGGCGCUGGCCCGUCUACGUUUUCAUGGCCGGCGCGGUGGUGUGCCUGGCCACCUCCUCCCUCUGCCACCUCUUCGGCUGCUGCGCGGCCCACGUCUCCACCCGCAUCUGGCGCCUGGACUACGCCGGCAUCGCCGUGCUCACCGUCACCUCCUUCUACCCGCCCGUCUACUACGGCUUCAUGUGCGCGCCGGCCACGCGCGCCGCCUACCUCGCGGCCUCCACGGGCCUGGGCCUGGCCGCGCUGGCCGUCACGCUGCUCCCCUUCUUCCAGCGACCCAGCUAUCACCGCGUGCGUGCCGCCACCUUUGCCGCGCUGGGGCUGUGGGGAGUGGUGCCCCUGCUCCACGCCUCGCUGCUCAACGCGGGUGUGAAAGAGGUGCAGGCCGCCAUCACCCUGGACGUCGUCAUGGGCGUCAUCUACCUGGCCGGCGCCGCGCUGUACGCGGCCCGAGUCCCUGAGCGUUGGUGGCCUGGCGCGUUUGACAUGGUCGGGCACAGCCACCAGAUCUUCCACAUCGCGGUGGUGGUUGCGGCCUGCGUGCACUACCGCGCCACCCGCAUCCUCAUGCACUGGCGCGAGACCACGGGCGGCUGCGGGCCGGGGGGGCUGUCGCCGGUCAGCUGA